CUCACGCCGGCUUCUCUUCCUGCAUCCCUCCCCCCCGUGGCUCCUGAUCUUCCCCUUGCUUGCCUCCCGACCCGAGAUCUCUGCGCUGUCCAGAAUGGCUGAAGAAAACGCACCGACUGCCCGCGACCAGGACAUCAAUCCCUGGUCCGUCGAUGGUGGGCAGGACGAGAACGGCGAAGCCAUCUCGAUCGACUACCAGGCCCUCUCUCAAAAAUGGAACACCUCGACCAUUGACCAUGCCCUCCUCGAGCGUUUCGAGCGGGUGACCGGACACAAGCCGCACCGCUGGCUGCGACGAGGCCUGUUCUUCAGCCACCGUGACUUCGAUAAGAUCCUGACCCGCUACGAGCACGGCGAGCCUUUCUUCCUCUACACCGGCCGCGGCCCCAGCACCGGCAGCCUGCACCUGGGCCACACCAUCCCGCUGCACUUCACGAAAUGGCUGCAGGACGUGUUCGACGUCCCGCUGGUUUUCAUGUUGACGGACGACGAGAAGGCCCUGUUCAAGGACAGCGUCAGCUUCGAGGAUGCCCUGCACUACGCCAUGGAGAACGCCCGCGACAUCAUCGCCCUCGGCUUCGACGUCAAGAAGACCUUCAUCUACAGCGAUCUGAAGUACUUCGGGAACCACUUCCUCAUGAACGCCUGGGAAUUCUCCAAGCUGGUGACCUUUAACCAGGUCCGUGGGGCUUUCGGAUUCAACGAAAGCACCAACAUCGGCCGCAUCUUCUUCCCCUCCCUCCAGUGCGUCGCCGCCUUCGCUACCUCCUACCCCGAGAUCUGGUCCGACGAGCCCCAGGCCACCCGCAACCAGAAGAUCGCCGACAUCGCCUGUCUGAUCCCCAUGGGUAUCGACCAGGACCCGUACUUCCGUCUGCUGCGCGACAACGCCCACCGGAUGAAGUACCCGUCGCCGAAGCCCGCCCUGAUCCACUCGAAGUUCCUGACCGCGCUGCAGGGCGCCGGCGGAAAGAUGUCCUCGUCAAACCCUAACUCGGCCAUCUUCAUGGAUGACACGGCGAAGCAGAUUAAGACCAAGAUCAACAAGUAUGCCUUCAGCGGUGGUCAAGUCAGCAUCGAAGACCACCGCCGUCUAGGCGGUAACCCCGACGUCGACGUCUCCUACGUCUACCUCACCUACUUCGAAGAAGACGACGCCAAGCUGGAGGAGGUCUACAAGAACUACAAGAGCGGCGAGCUGCUCACCGGCGAACUGAAGAAGAUGGCCAUCGAGACCCUACAGAAAUACGUGCUCGACUUCCAGGAGAAGCGGAAGCUGUCGACGGACGAGGUCCUGAACGAGUUCAUGCGCCCGAGGAAGCUGGAGUGGAAGGGUAACCCUAACCCGGUGCCCAAGCCUCCCAAGGAGUCCAAGCAGGGAAAGGACAAGGAGGCUGCGAAAGGGUCUAAAUAGACAUUUUCCGCCGUGAUGUAGGGAGCUACGAGAGAAGAAAGAAAAAAUAAAUAAGCAAGACAUGGUCUGGACCAUCGCCUUUUUUUUUGAGAGUUUGCAGCGUUGAAAGCAUAUCGUUUCAUUCCCGAGGUUGGAACACAUAGGAAAGACACGAUCGCGAAAGUCGCGAAUUAAGAAUAAGAAAAG